AUGGUUGAGUCUGUAGAUCAUUUACAAUGUAGACGAGCCUAUCAACCGAACGCCAUGUUGUGUUGUAACGUAACUACAAACUCAACGUUUAAGCUAUCGAUGACGGAUGAAUUGAGAGACUGCUUUGAACAAUCUAAAGAUCCAGUGACGUGUGAACGAGAAAUAUGCAUAGCCAAAAAGAAAGGGUUCGCCACAAAAGAUAAUCAGAUUGACAUGAAGAAGUUAGAGGAACUCAUAAAUGACGAAUUCUGUGAAGAUACCAAUCUCUUAGAAGACCAUUGCCUUGAAUGGCAUGACAACGCGGAUUGCAAAGAAAUGAAGGGAUUUGUGGAAAAAUGUGUGAAAAUGAGCCAAUGA